AAAAGCGCAGAAGCGGAAGGGAAGCAGAAGCGUUCAGCGGUUGGACUUGGAAGAAGCAGCACAACCGCUGAUAAAGACAGGCUUAAAAUAUGCUUGGAUGGCUUUGUGCUGAAAAAGCAACGAUUAUGAUUGAUAUACGCUUCGCUCUCCGCCUGAAGUUGACCAGCUUCCGUGGAAAGGGGCAUUUUUCUCCUUAAGUCACACCAAGAAGAAACAUGGAAAAAUUGUACUUCGCUUGGCUUAAUGGACAAUACCAAAUACAUGGCCCAUUCUCACAACAACAGGCCCAAAUUGCCGAUAACACGGCGAAUCCUGGAGUGAAACCACAACAGAGAGCCAUUUCUUGCCAGGGUGGCCCAUCUAACAGGCAGACUGACGUUUCUUAUCAGACAGCUGGCGAACCGAGACUUUAUGUCAAUCUGCAGAACCCUUGUUGGAAUGUGCAAGGAGGACUUGCUUUCCAUGGAACCGGAUAUCAAAAUGCUACUAAUCAUUCAUUAGAUCAGCAUGGGUCUGGCCUGAGGUUAAACACGACCCCUUGUCAAGAUGGGAAGAGCCAAUUUUCUUUGCAUUACAAUCAACCAUCACCCACUCUGGACAGUAGCAUAACUUCACCUUCUCUUCAACAUAACACUAAUAAAGAGGGCUUGAAACAAGUCUUUAACCAAAGUUUAUGGAUACCUAAAUUAGUCUCUUUUACAACGGCUGCCCCACUUCAAGUCAGACAGGGUGUUUCAAAGACUGGAAAAGAAUCGUCCACUGCAAGUAACACGCACAUUGCUUCAGUCAACAAAACUCAAUAUGGACCACUCUCUCCUUCUGCCGACCCUCAAUAUUUAGUUUGCUCCAAUCCCAACACAUUUGCUCUAAAGCCCCAAUCUACUGGACAGAGUUUGCAGGGUUACAUUUUGAUUCAACCGACAAAGCAAAUUUCCUCCACGGUUUUGGCGAGUAGUCAAACAAACACCCCCAAAGCAGCAGAGUCUAGGCAUGAUGUAAUUGGGACAACUCUGCAAGGAACCACUAAUCAACAAACGACAACACAAUCAAGAAAUCAGCUGGUUACCACACAAUCAACAAAGCAUCUAAUGAAGUUACAUCCACUGCUGUCAGACUUGCUAAUGGCCCCGGGAUCAGUGAGCAAGAGUUCCCAGUCAUUACCAACAAAUAAACUAAAUGACAACUCCAUUUCUACGAGAGUCAUCGCUGUUGUGCAACCAUUGUCUCCGCAAUGCGAUAUAAUUACACCUGCAAGUAAAAGCCCCUCACCACACAACUUGAAUUUACCCAUUGUGGACGCCCAGAACAAGACUACCAAAGAGGACUGUCGGAAUCCCCCUGAAAGUGAAACUCAGCCACAGUCCAACAAAUGUCUGAGGAUGCAUGCAUCAGCUAUCAGACAUGCAGACGACACUCCAAGUAAAGCUCUGAGAGUGCAUCCGCUAGCUACCAAACUUGCAUAUGACAUGCUAAGGAAAGACCAUUGUCUUGGAUCAUGUGCUUCAAAACUGGCGACCCUUGAAACUCCAGAAAAGGAAAAGGGGACUAAUGACCAUGAUAAGAUGCCACCCGAUGCAAAGGCUAGUAUCCUCGAACUUUCCUCUUUCCCAACAACUACGUGGACCUUGAAAGAUUUAGCGUUGUUGGGUAAAGGAUUGGCGAUGCAAGGUGCACCUGCAAAUGACAAUUUACCCAAACAACUAUUCGACAUGUUUUGGGGUGGGAGUCGUGACAAUUUGGCAUGUUUUCUUAAGACAAAAUCUUGGCCUGCCUUGGUUCGUCAUGUUGAUUUAUUUUGUGCCAACUUUGUGAAAGAAGACACUGUUGUGCUGUCACAGGUAUGCCCGUCAUUUGCUGAUCAACUCAAAAACUUUCAUGUCCUGAAAGAUGGCGAGGUUUACACAGAGCUGCCCUACACAUCGUCAUGGUUGAAUACAAAUGAACAGCUGGAUGAUAUUGACAAAGAAUUUGGCCCCAAUAUUUACAGAUACGUGCCUCACAACCAGCCAGAUCCAGUUAAAAGAGUUGCCAGUGUUUCAUCACAAAAUGUUAGCAAGGUUCCCAGAUCUGUCCCUGAAAGAAGAGACAAAGAUUGUAAUGAGCUAGUCGCCAACAUUUCACCACAAAAUGUUGCAGAGGUUCCCAGAUCUGACCCUGAAACAGGAGACAAAGUUUGUAACGACCCUCUCUACUCAUUUCAAAUCCAAGUUUUGUCACCAGAAAAAGCAAAAGCCAUCUUUGAGCUUGAACGUGUUGUGAUGUCACCAAGUACAGCAAGUAGUGGUCAACCAAAGGAAGUCCCAAAUACUUUUGGUGCUGCGGAAGAUGAGCCACUUCCAGAAGUACAUGUUACAAGCAGAUCAAAACUAAAAAAUCCCCUGAAUCGUUUUUGCUGCAUUGCAAAGUGGAAAGAAAUUCUUUUUGGUUCCAAAACAUCUUCGGAUGAUAAGUGCCAUUGCAAAGAAGGUUUUACGAAGACGCAAGAACAAAUUAACUGUCCACAGUUUACAAUAGAACCUGAUCGCCAAUCUCACUCACAGGAAAGAGACAUGAAAUCUAAAAGUAAGGGGAGAAUGACCAGCAGCCUUCCGACAAUAAGUUGGCUUGAAAUAUGCAAUGAAAUCAGUGAGACCUUUGAAUUAAAUGACGAUCAAGAAACAAAUGACCUCCAUUGUCAACAGCCAAAAGGAAGCCAGGCAAAAAUGACAAGGGAAAACAAAGACUAUGUCGCCGAUUGUGAUAUUACUACCAACCAUGUUGGUGACAACGAAGAGGAUUUGAACAAAGCUCAGCUGAAACCAGCAGAAGAUUGCCUGUCAACUGACAGCCACAUCAGUGAUGACAAUUCUUGGACCGAAAAUCAAAUGGACACUAAUAUGUCAACCAACAAUGAACAGUUUGAACAAGCUUCAACGGCAUCUUCACUUGGGACAAUGUCACCUUUGGAAACAGAACAACUGAUACAAUGCAGUCCAAAGUCUGGAAAUCAGACAGAUUUCAGUAAAUCAGGAACACAUGAAACUGAUGAAAGGAAACGGAAGAGACUUGGCAAUCCUAAUAGUAUUUUUCCAUACCUGAAGAAGUUGAUGAAGAAAAACCCGGAUUCACAUGAAGUUGAUGUUUCAAAAAAUAAGGCUGUUGUUGGUUCUGAUGGUGAACCUUUAGCGUCAGACAAGUCAACUGUCAAAUUGAUGCUGUUUGGCUCUUUACCACACCAACAGCAUGCUUUAAUUAAUCAUGGAAAUGAGACGACAAAACCACCAAAGGUAGUUUUUGCAAGGAUUGACACCAAGAAAAAAUUUGGUAGAGGUGAACCAAACUCAUUUUGUUCAGCCACAAAAGGGACUCUAUCUCAAACUAAAAUACAACUCGGAACCAAAAUGAAACUAAUUACGGGCAAAGGAGAGACGUUGCGCUCUACAAAUGACAAGGAUAUUGUCGGCCAACAAAGUCGGUCUGUUAAACUUGACAAAAGAAAGAAUGAAAGUGGACCUCAAGAAGAUUUGCUCAUCCAGGACAACAUCUUGAAUUUCAAAGUUUUGCCCACCACCUUCCGCUUUGCAGAUGAAUCAACAGGCCGGGAAAAAAACACAGAGCAUUGUUCAGAUGAACCUUUUUCCGAAUCAGAAAGGAAAAGGCCCAGUAAGAAAAGCAGAGUGGAUGCUUGGAGUGCUUUUCCCGCAAAGAAGUCCCCUGUACACCAUGGUCCAGAGUCCAAGAGGUCCGGUGCCUUUGCAGAGUAUCGGAAGAAAUACAUGGAGAAGUUACACCCACCCAUCAUUCAGUAGCAGUUGAAAACACAUUAAAAUGAUUGUGAACGCGAUUCCUUUUGUUUCUGGUUUUGUACCAUGUUAAGAUGGCCAAGUCUUCAGCUUUUUUGCACAUGUGACCUUGAGGCACACUUCCUUUUUUUAUAUGUGUAAAUAUGUAUGUCCUUAUUUUUUAUAUAUAGUUUGCCAUGUUGGUAUUUUUGUUGACUUUCUUUUCCUGUAUCGGACGUGAAUAUAACCAUGUAGUUUACCAUCGUUUAACUAUGAUAGAUCAAAAGGUUUUAUUUUACUGAAUGGUUGUUCCAAUAAGAGUUGAAGUAUUCGCAACCUACACAAGUUCCAUAUUUUCCAAUUGGUUGAUUAUUUGAUUUAUUGAAUAAAUCAUGUUACUUUUUCAGAAUAAUAUGUAAAAGUUUUUAUUUAAAACUUAACAGAAACCUG